AUGCUGGAUUCGGUAAAAUGCGUUCUGGUGGGAGACGCCGCUGUUGGGAAAACGGCGCUGCUGCUGCGUUUUACCUCUGAGACUUUUCCGGACAGUUACAAGCCAACUGUGUAUGAAAACACGGGAGUUGAAGUUUUCUUGGAUGGAAUCCAGAUUAGUUUAGGCCUUUGGGACACAGCAGGCAGCGAUACCUUCAAAGGGAUCCGUCCUCUCUCCUACCAACAAGCUGACGUGAUAUUGAUGUGCUUCUCAGUGGCCAAUCACAACUCGUUCCUGAACCUGAGGAACAAAUGGGUUACAGAGAUCAGGACCCACUUGCCUCGGAUCCCGAUUUUAGUGGUGGGUACUCAGACUGACCAGAGAGAAGCUGGACCUUAUAGUGCUGCCUGUAUCAGUUCUGUGCACGGGAAGCAACUGGCCAAGGACAUCCGGGCUAAGGGCUAUGUGGAGUGUUCCUCUCUCAGCAACAGAGGAGUACAGCAGGUGUUUGAGUGCGCUGUCCGUACUGCAGUGAAUCAAGAAAGAAGACGGUCCAGGAGGAAGCUUUUCUCUGUUAAUGAGUGCAAGAUCUUUUGAACGACAGGCACAAAAUU